AUGGAUCGUGGUACCGUUUUGUCAAGGAGGGGAAAAACUUGGCGUUAUGUUGACAAUCGUCAUUGGGGUGGAAUAUGUUCACUGGGGCGCAGUCAAUCAUUAGUGGAUCAUGUGCUGGGAGAUGCUGAGGUGAUAGAUUAUGAGUGCAUACACUUUAACCACUAUCACUUGACUGGCCCUGUCGUCAUAGAGCAUGAUGGACACGGAGGAACAGUGCCCCGCAACGGAAGCAGCUCACCAGACAAGUACAUACAUGUCAAGCGAUAA